AUCGAGACCUUCGACCCCGCCAACCCCGAGGCCUGGGAGUCCUACGCGGAGCGGGUCGAGUUCUACCUAAGGGCCAACAAGGUCACCGACGCAGGCUCAAAGAGGGACGUUCUCCUGAGCAUCUGCGGGCCAGCCACGUUCGAGAUCGCCAAGGGUCUCUCGGCUCCCGCCCGCCUCACGGAGAAGUCCUACGAGGAGAUCAUCAGGCUCCUCACCGGCCAUUUCUCGCCACAGCCUUCGCGGGUGGCCCGUCGGUUCCUGUUCCACAGAAGAGACCAGGCCGUGGGGGAAUCGGCCGCCGAUUACCUGGCGGCUCUCCGCAAGAUCGCCGGGAACUGCAGCUUCCCACAGCUGGAAGACAGCCUGAAAGUGGCAGUCCUCAUCGAAGGGAACCCCUGCCAAAUGGAGGUGGACUCAGGUUCCUCCAUUUCCCUCAUAGCGGAGGAGACCCUGAGGGAACUGUGCCCCCGGCAGCGGCUGCAACUACGGCCGGCGAACUUCAUACUCCGGGACUUUCAGAAGAAUCCGGUGCAAAUCGCGGGGUGGGCGCGGGUGCAAGUCGAGCGGGGGUCCUUCUACGGCCCGCUGGACAUCCUGGUGGUUAAGCGCCAGCUCGCCACCCUGCUGGGACUGGCGUGGUUCAAACCCUUGGGAAUCCGGGUGGAAGGGGUGGGGCAAACCCUAACACCCAGGGGGUUCGGGGAGAUAUGCCAAGAGUUCCCUGACGUGUUCGAUGGGUCUCUAGGGAGCUACAAAGGGCCGGCCAUCUCCCUACCGCUAGACCCCACGGUCCGGCCGAUUCGGCUCAAGGCGAGGAGGGUCCCGUUCGCUUUAAAGCCAAAAAUAGAGGCCGAACUAGACCGCCUCACAGCCCAGGGAGUCCUGGAGCCUGUGGACUAUGCCACCUGGGAGACCCCCAUCGUAACCCCCAUCAAGCCAAACGGGGAGGUGCGGAUCUGUGCAGACUAUAAAUGCACGAUAAACAAGGCACUGCAGGAUAACCCCUACCCAGUGCCGGUGGUAAGCCACGUUCUGGCUGCCCUAGCGGGGUCCAAGAUCUUCGGGAAGCUGGACCUGGCACAGGCCUACCAACAGCUCCCGGUAGAUGCUAAGACGGCGGAAGCCCAAACGAUAGUGACACACAGGGGGGCCUUCAGGGUGAGGAGGCUCCAAUUCGGGGUUAGCGUCGCUCCCGGGAUCUUCCAGAGUAUAAUGGACGCUCUCCUGAAAGGGAUCCCAGGAGUCCAGCCGUUUUUUGAUGACGUGCUAGUCGCCGCCCCGGACCCCGAAGAAUUCGGCAACCGCCUAAGAGAGGUGCUCCGCCGGUUCCAGGCUGCGGGGCUCAAGGUCAAGAGGGAGAAGUGCCUGCUGGGGGUUCCGCGGGUGGAGUUCCUGGGGUUCGCCGUGGACGCAGCGGGAAUCCACCCCACGGAAGAAAAGACACGGGCCAUCGUGCAAGCUCCGGCCCCCACCUGCAAAGCGGAGCUACAAAGCUUCUUGGGGGUCCUUAACUUUUAUCACUCAUUCCUCCCCCACAAGGCAGCCCUAGACGUUCUGGUGUCCAACGCGGUGCUCCACCAUUUUGACGAGGGCCUCCCCGUCAUCUUGGCUUGCGAUGCGUCGCCGUAUGGGGUGGGAGCAGUCCUGGGGCACCAACUCCCGGACGGGAGGGAGGUGCCGGUAGCGUACUACUCCCGCACACUGACACCGGCAGAGCGCAAUUACGCGCAAAUAGACAAGGAGGCUCUGGCGAUCGUGGCGGGGGUCCGCAAGUUCCAUGAGUAUCUGUACGGGCGGAGGUUCACCAUAGCCACGGACCACAAGCCCCUCUUAGGCCUGCUGGCCCCAGAUCGACAAACCCCCCAAAUCCUGUCACAGCGCGUGUUGAGGUGGAAUCAAUUCCUCAACUCCUACACUUACACACUGGUACACCGGGCCGGCAAGGCUAUGGGUCACGCUGACGCGAGGGGGUGGCCAGAGGGGAACAUGGGGGAAGAUUUCAAACCCUAUAAGGUCAGGAGGGAGGAACUAGCGGCACACAAGGGGUGCCUACUAUGGGGGAGUAGGGUGGUGAUUCCGCCCCCGCUGCAAAGGCGUGUUCUAGAAUCCCUCCAUGAGACCCACCCCGGCAUAGUUCGCAUGAAGGCCCUGGCCAGAAGCUACGUCUGGUGGCCGGGAAUGGACGGGGAAAUAGAGAGUUGGGUCCGCAGGUGCCAGACGUGCCAGAAGUCACGGCCCGAGCCUCCCAGCGCCCCCGCCACUAGGUGGGAGUCCACCAGGAAACCAUGGUCGAGACUCCACCUCGACUUCGCGGGGCCAUUCCAGGGGCAGAUCUUCAUGAUAAUUGUGGACGCCUACACCAAAUGGCUUGAGGUCAUCCCCGUAGGGUCCACCACGUCCGCAGCCGCAAUCCGAGCAUUACGCAGGGUCUUAAGCACACAUGGUAUCCCGGACACCAUAGUCUCGGACAAUGGGACCGCUUUCACAUCCGCAGACUUCCAGGCGUUCCUCCAGCGAUACCUUAUUAGGCACAUAAGGUCGGCCCCCUUCCACCCAGCCACCAACGGUCAGGCAGAGGAGAUCAACCAGAAUCCCAUGCUCUUACCAAAUAAUAUCACCCUGGGCUACACUGUCUAUGAGAAUACUUUCCAUCCCAGGGUGACGUAUGAUGCUUUGGUAGACCUGCUACCCUCUGCCCAGGAGACCAUUCCAAACUACAAAUGUGGUGGACAGAAUCAUCUGUUGGUUGUUCUUGAAGGGUCUGAGUCUGAAAUCUCCACUGACUUUUUCAGUGCUCUUGAGCACCUACAAAGUUCCUCAGCUUGCAUUAAGAAAUUUGUCGUGAGCAAACUCUCAGCUGGCUUUAACUUACCCAGCUUUGCAGAGGAGAGUUUCCUGCACUCCCAUCAUGGACAGAUCAUAGUGCAAUGCAAUGAAGGGUCUGUGGCCAUGUUUUAUGCAGCCUUUGGCUAUAUGGGCUUCCUGGCUGCCAUCUCCUUCACAGUGGCUUUCCUGGCCAGGAAGCUGCCUGGGGCCUUCAAUGAAGCCAAGCUGAUCACCUUCAGCAUGCUGGUUUUCUGCAGUGUAUGGAUAUCCUUUGUGCCCACCUACCUGAGUACAAAGGGGAAAUACAUGACCAGUGCACCCAAAUCCAAGAAGACCAAAAGCCGCUUGAAGGAAUCAGGAUGGGGCAACAUCGCUGCAGCUGCCCCGCGAGACGAGGAUGUUAUAGUAGUAUUGGAGUCAGAAGAGGAAUCCUGGGAAGAAGGGCCACCGGGAAAUGAGAGCGACCUGCACUGA